AUGGGUUGGGGGUUAGUCGGGUCGACGCUUCCCAUUGUGGGAUGGCUCGGCCUGAUCUACUUAUCGGCCUAUUCAACGUCUGCAGAUGAGCAUCUAUCACGACCAUGUGAAGAUGCUGUGAAAAAUGGCACUUUCGUAAGAGAAAUGAUUACAUUGGUACAGAACGAGUCUUUUGGUUAUCUACCGGCAGUAUUUUGCUACGCAGUUCUCAAUGAAACCGUCGUCGAACAAUAUGUGCGUGUUGAUGUUUGGAGGGAAUGUGAUCGUGGUGGAUACCCUGUGGUCUGUAAAAAAAUCUUUAGUUAUCACCCUUUGUCAAUACCUCCGUUGGAAGAAACUGAGGAUGCUAUACAAGAUCCCAACGUAAAAUUACCACCAUUAACACCCUCAGAUAAAAAAACAACAUGA